AUGUACCGAUCGAUGCAUCGCAUACCUCUGUUCAGGAGGCGACGUCCACUAUCGACAUUGGCUACGGCAGGACUCAUUGUGACAGGCGUACCAGCUGGUCUAUAUCUUUACAAGUGUCUGAUGCUCGUGUUGUUCCAAAACAAGCUUAUCUAUUUGGGGUAUAUACCACCUGGUUCGAGGCAUGAACGCUUUACGUUUGACAAGUCGUUAUCUGGGUUGGAUAUCAAGGAGGAAACAGUAUGGACAAGUGAUAGGAAGCAGCUUCAUGGUUUGACAGUCAAGAAACAAGAUGCAAAUGAUCGUCAUGAGGGACCCAUCCUCGUCUACUUGCAAGGCAAUGCAGGCAACAUGAAUCAUCGAUUACCCUUGUUCAAAACGAUCCUAGCUGCUGUGCCAUCAUUGACGAUCGUUGGUGUUUGCUAUCGAGGCUUUGGAAGCAGUAGCGGAAGAGCUACCGAGAAAGGAUUACGGAUCGAUGCACGUGCCAUGUUUCAACACGUUCAAUGCAACCAUGGUGGAGGAGGAUUGGAUCGACCCAUCUUUAUUUAUGGCCAUAGCUUGGGUGGUGCCGUAGCCAUUGACCUUGUCAGCCGAUUGGAAAAGGAAGGCAAAGGAAACUUGGUCAAAGGAUUGAUUGUGGAGAACACUUAUACAAGCAUUCUUGAUAUGGUCCAAGCCAUGUAUCCUCGCUACACGCCAUACCCGCUUAUUGCACGUUAUUUCUUAUGGAAUCAUUGGCCCAGUCUCAAACGCAUUCAAGAUGUUCGUACAACCCCAGUGCUCUUUUUAUCUUCCAGCAAAGAUGAGAUUGUCCCUCGUGAACAUAUGCAAGCCCUUUAUGAUGCUGCUAAUCCACAAAAGCGUUCCAUCACCCACUUUUCACGCUCCACACACAUGGAUAUGUAUACAAUUGAGACAAAUCGGUUUCAGCUUACGCUUGCUGAAUUUAUAAAGAGUUGCAAUAAUGGUUGA